CCCUUCCCGUCAUGCAGCGCUCUUGCCUGCUCCUCCGUCGAGCCGCCAUGUUGUCGGAGUGAAAGCCUGGGGUGUCAGAGAGAAACUGGGGCUGAAAUCCGCGACCAUCCACCCUCUCCGCCGGCUGUGGUGGAAUGAGCAGUGUGUGUGUGUUGAAGAGGAAAGCAGUGCUCUGGCAGGAUUCAUUCAGCCCCCACCAUAGAAGUACUUCUCCCAGCAUGCCCGUGGUGCUGAGCAGCGGAGGACAUGCCCCUCCAACUGGGCAGACCCCUCAGGCCACACCCCCCAGCCAGCAGGGUGUGGCGGGCGCUGGACGUUCCCAGGAUGAUGCCAUGGUAGACUAUUUCUUCCAGCGGCAGCAUGGCGAACAGCCCGGCAAACAUCGCUGGCCCACUGGAGACAACAUCCAUGACAGCCAGGUGCGCUCCAUGGAUGAGCUGAACCAUGACUUCCAGGCUCUGGCUCUCGAGGGACGUGCUAUGGGAGAGCAGCUGCUAACCGGUAAGAAGUUCUGGGAAACAGAUGACUCUGGGAAGGAUGGACCAAAAGGGAUCUUCCUGGACCAGUGGAGGGACAGUGCAUGGGGGGCUUCAGAUCACUCAGUGUCUCAGCCAAUCAUGGUAUCCCGUCGGCCAGGGCAGGGUUUCCAUGGGGGCGGUGAAGUCGGGGUGGGCUCAGUGAUGUCUCCCCGGUCUGAGAGUGGAGGGCUCGGAGUUAGCAUGGUAGAGUACGUUCUGUCUUCCUCACCGGCUGACAAACUGGAUUCCUGUCUCCGAAAAGGACCCUAUGGUCAGAGGGAUGGAGAGGUGGAAGAGGAGAAGAGGGAGAAGCCAAAGACGACGUUUGAGGGAGAGAAACUAAAAGAGUUAACAGAAGGUGAAUCUGAUGUGAUCAGCGAUGUCAUCAACCCGAAUGGGCUGCCUGUGCAGAACGGCCUUGACGUGGACGUCAAAGAGUUUGGUCGUCCCCCAGGUAACAUGCCAGCUCCUGGCUCAGAGGGCGAUCUGCUGGGGGGUCCUGGGGGUGUAGGGGCUGAAGGCUUGACACCCCUGGGAGGUGGUGGAGGUCCCAAACCUCCUGAGGACUUCUCCGGUGUGGAACAAGGUGGUGUUACCAUGGACCCUAUGGAGUCGGUAAUGGAGCCACUUCAGUUUGACUACAACUCUCAGAUGCCAAUGGACUCUGCACCCACUGUGGGCUUAUUUGAUUACACUAACCAGCAGCAGCUGUUUCAGAGAAACAACGCCCUAGCAGUGCAGCAGUUAACAGCAGCCCAGCAGCAGCAGUACGCACUGGCAGCCGCACAGCAGCCUCAUAUUGGUCUGGCUCCAGCAUUUGUGCCCAAUCCUUACAUCAUCAGUGCUGCACCACCAGGGACAGACCCAUACGCAGCGGGACUAGCAGCAGCAGCUACACUCGGUCCAGCAGUAAUGCCUCCCCAGUACUAUGGUGUGACCCCCUGGGGGGUCUAUCCAGCCAACCUUUUCCAGCAGCAGGCUGCUGCAGCCAACAGUUCAGCCAAUCAGCAGGCAGCAGGCCAGGGCCAGCAGAACCAACAGCAGGUGAUGCGUGCUGGAGGAAGCCAGCGACCUUUGACCCCUAGCCAAGGGCAACAGGGUCAGCAGAAUGAUCAGCUGGUGGCAGCAGCAGCAGUCAACUCAGCCCUUGCCUUCGGGCAGGGGUUAGCAGCAGGAGUCCCUGGGUAUCCAGUCUUGGCGCCUGCAGCCUACUAUGAUCAGACAGGGGCCUUGGUGGUCAACACCGGAGCCAGGAGUGGCCCUGUCCGCCUCAUGGCCCCCGCCUCCGUCAUCAUAUCUCCUUCUGCAGCACAAGCAGUUGCUGCAGCAGCAGCCUCUGCUGGUGGUGCCAAUGGUGGCCUUGGUGGCGGGGCUAAUGGUCCCUUCCGUGCCAUGACGUCCCAGCAGCCUCAGCAGCAGGGUGGCCCCGGCGGGGCUCUGGGAGGAAGUUCCUUCUAUGGAUCCUCGUCCCUCAGCUCCUCUUCCCAGAGUUCCUCUCUAUUCUCACAAGGCUCUGCCCAACCUGGACCAGGGUCUGCCUCUUUGGGCUUCAGCCAGCCCGCCUCAUCCUCCCUUGGUGCCACUCUGGGGGCCACACUGGGAGGGUUUGGCACUGCGGUGGCCAACUCGAGUGGUGGCAGCGGCUCCAGACGGGACUCUUUGACAGGCAACAGUGAUCUGUACAAACGCACACCUUCCAGCCUCACCCCCAUUGGCCAUGGAGGUUUUUACAACGGCACCCUGGGCUUCAGUCCAUCCCCAGGCCCCGUGGGCAUGCCUUUACCCAACCAGGGGCCUUCCCAUUCCCUCACACCCCCACCCUCCCUGUCCAAUCACAGCUCCUCAUCCAACCUCAAUCUUGGAGGCCUGACCAAUGGCAGUGGGCGUUUCAUCUCUGCAGCUCCAGGAGCCGAGGCCAAGUACCGCAGCGCCGCCAGCUCGGGCUCCUCCCUCUUUUCUCCCAGCAGCCAGCUGUUCCCGUCAUCACGGCUACGCUACGGCAUGUCGGACGUGAUGCCAUCGGGCCGGAGCCGCCUGCUGGAGGACUUCAGGAACAACCGUUAUCCUAACCUGCAGCUCCGAGACAUCGCUGGCCACAUCAUGGAGUUCAGCCAGGAUCAGCACGGCAGCAGGUUUAUCCAGUUGAAAUUGGAGCGAGCCAGUUCAGCAGAGCGCCAGCUCGUCUUCAGCGAGAUCCUGCAGGCGGCCUACCAGCUCAUGGUGGAUGUCUUUGGGAAUUAUGUCAUCCAGAAGUUCUUUGAGUUUGGCAGCCUGGACCAGAAGUUGGCUCUCGCUGAGAGAAUCCGAGGUCAUGUGCUGUCGCUGGCCCUGCAGAUGUACGGCUGCAGGGUCAUUCAGAAAGCUCUGGAGUUCAUCCCCUCGGAUCAGCAGGUUAUUAGCGAGAUGGUGCGGGAGCUGGACGGUCAUGUGUUGAAGUGCGUAAAGGACCAGAAUGGUAACCAUGUGGUGCAGAAGUGUAUCGAAUGUGUCCAGCCUCACGCGCUGCACUUCAUCAUCGAAGCCUUUAAGGGACAGGUCUUUGCCCUCUCCACUCACCCUUAUGGCUGCCGAGUGAUCCAGCGCAUUCUCGAACACUGCCUCCCUGAACAGACGCUGCCUAUACUAGAGGAGCUCCAUCAACACACAGAGCAGCUAGUGCAGGACCAAUAUGGCAACUAUGUGAUCCAGCACGUUUUGGAGCACGGCAGAGCUGAGGAUAAGAGUAAAAUCGUGGCUGAGAUCAGAGGCAAUGUUCUGGGACUCAGCCAGCACAAGUUUGCCAGUAAUGUGGUUGAGAAGUGUGUGACCCAUGCGUCACGGGCAGAACGGGCCUUACUGAUAGAUGAAGUGUGCAGCCUGACUGAGGGCCCCCACAGUGCCUUAUACACCAUGAUGAAGGACCAGUACGCCAACUACGUGGUGCAGAAGAUGAUCGAUGUGGCUGAGCCGACGCAGCGCAAAAUCGUAAUGCAUAAGAUCCGGCCUCACAUUUCCACACUGAGGAAGUACACAUAUGGAAAACACAUCCUCGCCAAACUGGAGAAGUACUACAUGAAGAACGGCGUAGACCUGGGUCCUCUCUGCGGCCCUCCUAACGGCAUCAUGUAAAGCGACCCCCCCCCCCCCCCCCCCACACACACACACACACCCCC